CUUUUUUUCGAGUCGAUUAAGUAUAAAAGACUUCAUGCAGCUGCAAAAUGGUAUCAAUUGAAUUCCAACCUCAUUCAACACAGACCUCCUUAACAAUCCAAAAAACCAAAACUAAAUCAAAAUGUUCAAGUUGGUGGUGUUGUCUGUUCUCUUCGCUGUAGCUGCUGCCCGUCCAGGACUCUACGAAUCCUCCCCUCUGGUUUACUCUGCUCCCAUUGUCCAGGAGCACAGUUAUGCCAAAGUUGGAGCCAUCGUCAAGAGUAUACCGACCGCUGUUUCGCAUCAAAGCUCAACUGUAGUGCAUGACCAAGCCCACUAUGUGCAACCCAUUGUUGCACCUGUGGUAAAGACCUAUGCUGCUCCUCUGGUGCAAACUUAUCAUGCUGCUCCAGUGCUCAAGACUUAUGCUGCUCCAGCUCAUUAUUCAUAUGCUGCUGCUCCAUUAGCUUAUGCUUCCGCGUGGUAAAAAAAUUCCUGAGACAGGUUGUUGGACCGAACAAAAAUAAUGUUGUAAAUAAAUUGACUGAAAUAAAAUAAAAAA